CAGAAAUUCAGCAACAAUCGGCGACAUCAUCAACCCCCCCAUCACACACACAAUGUCGAAGCUUGGAAACCGCGCCGACUGGGCCGACGACGAGGAGUUCGACGACCCCUCCGCUCUCCCCCCGCAGCAAAUCACGACCAACAAAGAUGGCACGAAGACGAUCGUCUCCUACCGAUUCAACGACGAAGGCAAGAAGGUGAAGGUGACCCGCCGGAUCAAAACGACCGUUGUUCGCGAACAUGUCAACCCUCAGGUCGCGGAGCGGAGGUCCUGGGCCAAGUUCGGUCUGGAGAAGGGCAACGCGCCCGGACCUUCCUUCGAUACGACCUCCGUGGGUGAGAACAUUGCUUUCCGGCCCAGCGUCAACUGGAAGGUUCAGGCGGCCGAGGCGGAGAAGAAUGGUGGCGAGAAGGGCAGUAUGAAGGAUCAGCUGAAGGACAAGAAGGUCAAGUGUCGUAUUUGCAGUGGCGAGCACUUUACUGCUCGUUGUCCCUUCAAGGAUACUAUGGCUCCUGUCGACGAGCCCUCUGCUGGUGGUGAGGGUGGUGCUGAGGAUUCUCCGGCUGCUGGUGGUUUGGGUGCUGGUACUUCUAGCUACGUGCCCCCUCAUCUGCGGAAGGGUGCUGCUGGUGGCGGAGAGAGAAUGGCUGGCAAGUAUGAGAAGGAUGAUUUGGCGACUCUGAGAGUUACGAACGUGAGCGAGUUGGCAGAGGAAGGAGAACUGCGGGAUCUGUUCGAACGCUUCGGUCGUGUCACCAGAGUUUUCCUUGCCAGAGACAGAGAAACCCAGAGAGCCAAGGGCUUCGCUUUCAUCAGCUUUGCGGAUCGGGACGAUGCUGCACGUGCUUGCGACAAGAUGGAUGGCUUCGGUUACCGUCACCUUAUCCUGCGCGUCGAAUUCGCCAAGCGUGCCACUUAGAUUUUCUCCUCCAAAUUUCCAAUUCCCACAUUUUUUUCUUCCCACACUCUAUUCUCCUCCUUAUUAACUUCUUCUCUUGCUUUUUGGUUUUUUCCGUACGUAUCAUGACAUGACACCCUUGGGUCUCUUUUCGUCA